AGAUAGUCCAACCUAAUAUCUCUGGGUAAAGACCAGAAAUGAGGCACUGGUCUCGGUUAAUGUUUGACCAAACUGUCUGCUGACUCACAGAGGUCCUGUAUAUAAUGGGGACGUUUCCGGCAAACAGUCUGCAGCAAAGAGGACAUUAAAGGCUGUCACGAUGCGUGGUAUCUUUGCAAGUUGUGCUAUCGCAGCACUGCUGCUGGCUGUUACCUGGGCAGACCUUCACCAACACCAACACCAACACCAUCACCAUCACCAUCACCACCAUCACCCCGGCCACAGCCCUGCGGGCGAGCUGACCUGCAGCAAGCUGUCGGCUCCCAAUGCCGACUUUGGCUUUGCCCUCUACAAAAGCCUGAAUGCCAGGGCUGCGGCGGGAAAGAACAUCUUCUACUCACCACUGGGCAUCUCCACCGCUCUGUCCAUGCUCUCCACUGGGGCCCGCGGCGAAACGCUCAAGCAGCUGUUCUCCAGCUUGGGCUACAGCGCCCACGACCAGGCAAAAAUCAACGAGGCAUAUCAUCACCUCUUCGACAUGCUGGGCCAGAGCCAGCAGGAUCAGCAGUUGGACGUCGGCAGCGCUGUUGCGGUGCGCUCCGGCUUCAGUCCUCUGGAGAAGUUCCUGACGGAUGUCAAGUACUACUAUGGCGGCGAGAGCUUCAACGUCGACUUCACGAAACCCGUCGAGGCUGCAGCUGAGAUCAACAGAUUCAUUGCCAGCAAAACACAGGACAAGAUAAAAGAUAUGGUCAAGGACCUGAACAAUGAAAUGGCCAUGGUGCUGAUCAACUAUGUCUUCUUCAGAGGGCAGUGGGAGAAACCCUUCGAUGCUAGCCUGACACACAAGGCAGACUUCAACGUAGACGAGACCACCAAAGUGCAGGUGGACAUGAUGAAAAGGAUGGGGCGCUUUGACUUCUAUCAGGACAGGGACAACCACACCACCGUCAUCAUGCUGCCCUACAAGGGCAACACCUCCAUGAUGAUCGUCCUGCCCGAUGAAGGCAAAAUGAACGAGGUGGAGGGCUACAUCAACAAGGACUACGUCAGGAGCUGGCACGACAUGCUCUUCAGGAACUCUGUGGAUCUGUUCAUGCCCAAGUUUUCCAUCUCCGCCGAUGCCUCCCUGGAUGACACUCUGAAGGAAUUAGGAGUGGCAGACGCUUUCACAAACAACGCUGAUUUCUCUGGCAUGUCUGAAGAGGUCAAGCUCAAGGUCUCAAAGGUGUCCCACCAGGCUGUGCUCACCGUGGACGAAACGGGAACGGAGGCGGCAGCCACCACCACCCUCGAAGUCAUGCCCAUGAGUAUGCCUGAAAUCAUGGUACUCAACAGGCCCUUCUUGGUCUUCAUCCUGGAGCAUUCCACAAAGAGCAUCCUCUUCAUGGGCAAGAUCAACAACCCCGCAGCCAUGUAAAGAUGCUCUGGGAAACGAACGUUGUAUUUGUUGAGAUUUUCCCACUGCAGUAAGUUCCCAGCAGCUUCUGAGCAUUGGCUCAUUUUUUUUACCUCCGCAUUUGAAAGCCCUACAGAGAUGUCACAGGGAUAUCAGGGGACCUGCGGAGAUACUUAAAAGUGGAUAGUUUGAUGAAUUACAAACCUGUCAUCAAGAAACGCCAACUCUCAUCGGAACGAGGCAAAGUGAAAAAUGUCUAAAUACAUCUUUAUAUACUGUAUCCAGCUGCCUGGUGUAUAUGACACAGUUAAUAGAAAACAUUAACAGCCUUAUCAUUCAAGGCCAAUUGUGCUGUUGUUGUUUCAACAUGGUUCAAUGUUGAGGUGAAAUAAAGGCUUGUUAUUAACA